AUGCUAGUAGGUAAAGCUGCGUGCCCUUUAGAUUCUACAACAACUCCUGGACAGCAGCAGAAUGUGAGGCACGAGAAUUCAAUGAUAGUAGAUGGUCAUAAAAAGGAAUCAAGUAACAUGCGUUUGCGAGAAAAGUAUGAAACUGUAAAAAGUAUGCGUUCUAACGAAGUUCAAGAAGCCCUUCUUCGCGAGUGUGAACUCUCUUCUAUCAUUAUGGAAUUGAAAAAACGAAUAACGGAGUUGGAAGCAUCUCGUGAACAUGAACGUGAAAUUCAUAAGCGAGAAUCUUUUUAUGUUAUUAAGGAGAAUGAAUGUCUUAAACAGCAGGUCCAUAUGUCUGAAAAGAUGCUAGAAGAAGCCCGCACAAAAUAUGACAAAGAAAUGAAGGUUAUGCAGGCAAGAUUCUCUGUCAUGGAAGACCGACUUCUCAAGGAGAAACAGCGAGCCAAAGAGAGAGAAGCUGAGUAUGAACGGGUGACGCAAGACCUUUGUCAUAGUCUCUUCCUUGCUCAGAAGGAGUUGGAGCUCUACGCUGAACAGAACAAAGAGUUAGCUGCUGUGAAACAAUCCCUGGAGGAUACUAAAAUUAAUUUAUCAAUAGCCAAAAAUGAAUGUAGUCUAUGGCAAGAUGUAUUGAGGCGCCGUGAAAUGUUUCUCUUACUUGAACGAGAAACUUUUGUAGGACUCCAGUGCGAUUGGUCACCGAUGUUUAAUCGUCGGUGUUUCCACCAUAUCGAGGAGAAACAACGUCAGCUAGUGAAGAGCGGUGCGGAACAAUUGGUUGAUCGCAUGAACUUUGAAUUAUCCAUGUAUGAUGAAAUCAAAUCUCUUCUUCUAAGCAAUGCCAAGGUAUCCAUGGAGAAUAGGUCUCUUAGUGCAAAGCAUUGUGCCAAAUCGCAGGAACUUUCUCGCUUGAGUGAACAAUAUGAGGCGGUUUCUUUGAUGUUUUCUCAAUAUAUGCGUGAUGUUGAGAAAACUCAAAGUGAUCGUAUUGAGUCGAAAACAUGGUUAAAGGCCUUGGACGAUGCUACAAUUGGUUACGUUCUCCAUCAACGUGAUUGUGAAGUUGCUGACAAAUUGCGAAAAUGGAAAGAUGGACUGUUAGAGGCACAUAAACUACUUCGCGCUCUUUUAAAGCGAUAUGAACCUUUCCAGAAGGGUGAUGAGGUAUUUGUUUCACGUGUGAUUGAAUGUCUGUCAUCCGCUCCACAUGUAAAGGAACCUGUUAAUGUAUGGUUACCAUAA